AAAGUAUUUAAAUAGCAAGCGCUAUUUAGUCACAUUUCUGUGUGAUUUUUAGUCAAAAAUUAAACUUUAAGUAAGUAGUUUUUAAGGUAACAGCAAAAAUACGUUUAGACCUUAUAUGCAGGGUGAUUUAUUUAUGAGUUAUUUCUGAAAUUUUUUUAGAUCUUAGAUGCAACUAAAAGUGCAACCAAAACUGCAACUUAAAAUUAAUUCGAUUAAACGGAAUCGAAAAUAGUUUUUACUCCUAAAAUGAUGAUUAGUUAAUAACAAAAUUUUAGCAAAACUGUCAAAACAAAGACAGAACAAUGCAAUCCUAAAUUAAUUUUGUAAUUUUUGAACAAUGACGUAUAGAUCUGGCCAGCUAAAAAUAAACAGAAGUAACCCAUAACUGGCUCAACCUUUAUGUGUAAGAGACUUAAAAAAAAAUUUGAAAUUAAAUAUCUGGCAUCUAGUCAUUUGAUGAAGAAUUAUUUAGACAAUAAUCUGAUUACGCUUUUGAAAACUUUGUUAAAUUUAAGGUACCAACUACCUUAAACCGACUUGAAAAGUCACUACAUUGCUUCAGUUGAUUCGCUAAUGAUAUAAAAAUUAAAAAAUCCAAUUAUCCAGUUUAUGAGCUAAACACAACAUAAAACGCUCCAGAAAACACACUGACUCUGAGGAACUGAACAGGGAGCAACAACAUCGAAAACACUGGAACAAAUUUUGACACUAUUUUAUCCAUUUCAAAACAUCAGCAAACUAGUUCAACGCAUAAACAAUUCGAUUGCUUGUAAACAAACAAUAAAUCUCACAUCAAAUACCAGUAGUGGCAGUAGUGGCAGCAGUGAGUACUCGAUUACUAUUGUGCAUGUUUCGAGAAAACGGUACAAUUUAACGACCUUGCCUAUAUACCUUGUAUUCGAAUUAAAUAAAAAACAUUGAAGGCAUCAUAAGGUAUUGAACUCUCAAAUUACGUCUACUGGUACCACCUCCACACCUGUGCACUGACCAAUACCAAACAAGUUUCACUUCAGUGUGUGUUAGACCGUGAAUCUGUAAUCUCCCAAACUAGACAAGUGACGGUUUUCCAAAUAACAAGCCUAAAGAUGAACAGUUUCAAAAUUAGUUUAGUGUUGGUUUUACUGGCAGUGAUCGACUUUCACCAAUGUGCUCGUUACGGUGGCUCAAGAGGUCGAGGUGGUGGUAGUUACACCCGACGACCCCAUCCACCCCCCAGUCGACGCACCACUAGCCGACCUCGUAGCACUGCCCCAACGAGUUCUAGACCACCGAAUUACCAAUCAACUAGACGUCCAUAUCCCACCGGAACCACCCCCAGCUCUGGGUGGAACAUACCUCCCAGACCCGGCACUUACCCCCAACAAAGUUAUCAAGGGCCACAAAAAGUUACGAUUAAAAAUAAAUACAAUUAUAAUUAUCCCGGACAUUACUCACUCCCAGUGCAGAACCCGAGCCACCCUGGGUACUUCUACACCCCAACUAGUUAUCACUACAGUAGUAGUGAUACGGGAAGUACCGCUUUGGGAUUUUUCCUGGGUUAUUCCCUUGCUCGUUUGACAACGCCCACGUUUUCGCAUUAUUCAUUUUACGAUGGGUACAGACCUCGGUACGACCAUUACACCGUGCAUCAUUAUUACCAUAACAAAAACGCAGUGCCACAAAAUCAGGAGAUUCAAUCAAACACAAUCGUUGGUUGUGUUGGCGAUAGUGUUACUGUUUGCCCAUCGAACACUACAUCACUUUGCACCUCAAAUGGGGCCCUCAUGUGUGUUGUUAGUGCAACUUCGACCGUACCAUGCACUGACAAUCGGCAAGUCAACUGUGUUAAAAGUGUGGUCCCGUGUGUUAAUAACACAGCACCGGAAUGCAAAAAUUCGAACCAAAAUGCAACAACUGUGAGCAUACCGUGCAUUUCCAAUGCCAAGGUUUAUGGCGAUGUUAAAACUGUCAAUAAUACGAUUGUAACAAACUCCACAAAUGCGAAUUCGACGACUAGUUCCACUCAAUAUCCGAUAACUACAACACCAGUGGCGAUUGUAAGUUCAAGUGAUGGUACGACAUCGACUUAUUCAACGAAAUAUCCUAUAACUACUACCCCGGAACCCUCCACGAACCCUCCAGUUCGGAAGAAAAGGGAAACGGCGCAAAAUUUCUGUGUUACUAUUGUUGCACUCCCUGCUGAGAAGAAACCAACGGAGGGGGAAUUAUUUUUGAAAGAUGCCAAAUCGAUCGUUGAGAAAUUUAUUGAAUCUGCCUGGAACUUGUAGGUUUUUUUUAACUUAAUGUACAGUGUUGUUAUUUCAUAUUUAUAUGCUCAAAAAUAAAAAUUAUGUUUUAUAAA